CACCCGAGAUGGCUCCUCCAAAACACAUUAGUGGUGUUUCGGUUAUAAUCACGACUCUCAUACUUCUUGUAACAUGUUGUCAUUGCGCAACCUACCAACAACAGUUCAUGGGUCCACAAAACGCAGUAAGAGCUCGUUUAAGGCUCAAACCGCUAAAAUGGGACGCUAAAUUGGCACGUUACGCGCAAUGGUGGGCUAACCAGAGACGCCGUGACUGCGCCUUGAUCCAUUCCAAUGGACCCUAUGGUGAGAAUCUCUUUUGGGGGUCAGGCAAGAGUUGGAGUCCAGCUCAAGCCGCCUAUGGAUGGUUGUCUGAAGCAAGGAGCUAUAACUAUAGAUCUAACUCUUGCAAAGCCGAGAUGUGUGGCCAUUACACACAAAUUGUAUGGAAGAACACACAAAGGAUUGGCUGCGCUCACGUGAUCUGCAAUGGCGGGGGAGGCGUGUUCUUGGCUUGCAAUUACGAUCCCCCGGGGAAUUUUCUUGGUAGGAAGCCUUAUUGAGUUUGAUCCAUUUGUAUAUGUCAAAAACUCAUGCGUAAAGAGGCUGUUCUUGCGUUUUAACUCUUUAUUUUUGUAUACAAUGUUAUUUUUUUAUUGGUUCCAAGUUUAACGAGAGAUCGGUAAAAUAACAUAACUCAUGUUGUCCGACAUUUUCUUAUGUGUGUUUAUAUGCGAGGA